ACACUCUUCUCCGACCUCUUGCCGCCGUCUCAUCCAGCGCAUUCUUCUCCGACCUCCUGCUACCGUCUCAUCCAGCACACUCUUCUCCGACCUCCUGCUGCCGUCUCAUCCAACACACUCUUCUCCCAACCUUCUGCUGCAGUCAUAUCCAGCGCACUCUUCGCCGACCUCCUGCUGCCGUCUCAGCCAGCACACUCCCUCCCGACCUUCUACUACCGUGCUAUCCAGCGCACUCUCUCCCAACUUCCCGGCCGUCGUUGCACCCCUACCAACAUUAUCCUAUCAUCCCAUCACAAAACAAACACCAACAACAUGAAUGCUCACGGGACAAACGGGGCUCCCCCGGUCGGCAGCAGCACGCACCCCCUAGUGUACUACGCUGUUGUCCGCCGUGACGGUAAUUUACGCUACGCCAUCUAUGUGGAAACCGACCCUUUGCCGCUGUCAAGGGGCCACUCGUGGGGCACCCUGCUCCAAAUCAACGGCAGCUUAUCCAUCCCCGCCGGGUUGACCUUCCACUCACGGGCCUGCUCCACCCCGCUCCACGCGGUAGAUGGGAUCUGCUUGCGGCCCGUUGGCCGGGCGCCCCGCCGCGCCGUCUCGGGGAUCAUCAAGGAAUGCGCCAAGAUCCCGCUGGCCACGGCGCCGGGUGGCGGUCCGGUACUGCUGCCUGCCCAGCCGCCUCGCAACUCCUUGGAGUGGACCAACACGGCCAUCGACACACUCGCCGCGGCCCGCCUCCUCCUGCCGCUGAACGACUCCGACCCUCGCGCGGUCAUUUUCCGUCCCGGCCGGAACGCAGGCGCCGUCCCCGGGCUUACAUUGUGGCAAGGGGAGCAUGGUGGGGCGCCUGCGCCGGUCGUUCACCCGGGUCCGCGUGCGCCAGUCGUGGUCCCGGGUCAGGUCGGUGGGGCGCCUGCGCCGGUCGUUAACCCGGGCCCGCAAGUGCCAGUCGUGGUCCCGGGUCAGGCCGGUGGGGCGCCUGCGCCGGUCAUUCACCCAGGCCCGCAUGCGCCAGUCGCGGUCCCGGGUCAGGCCGGUGGGGUGCAUGUGCCGGUGGUGGUCCCUUGGGAACAUCGGUUGUGGCUAGUUGUCCUCUCCUCUUUGUUUCUCGUCGCUCUUUCUGCAGAGGGUGGGUGGAUGGAGGCAGUCUCUUACCUUCUGUUCAUCCUCCUUCUGAUUCGCUAAAGGACGCACCGGCGGGCGGUUGCCAGGGAGGAUGGCUGUGGGUGGGAGAUGGUUCUUUCCUUCUUCAUGUUCAGCUUUCUCCUUGGCUCGGUACUGGGGGGUUGGUCGCUGAGACGGUGGGCAUGGGUGGAGUGAUGAGUCUUUCCUUUUUCAUGUUCGGUUCUUUCUUUGGUUCGCUAAUGAGGGUUGGGGGAGUUGGUCGCGAGGUGGGUGGGCAUGGGUGGAGUGAUGAUUCUUUCCUUCUUCAUGAUCAGCUUUCUCUUUGGUUCGCUAAUGAGGGUUGGGGGAGUUGGUCGCGAGGUG